AUGGGUAAUCGGUGGACCAUUUCUCCGAAUCCAGGAAUCUUUCCACCUGGUGAUCGUAUGCUCGAAAAAUGUCUAGAACAAUUAGAAAAUAUUAUUUGUAACAUAAAUGGAGUGUAUACAAAUAAACUAUUAGAAAAGACACGAAAAGAAA